AUGGACGAAUUCACGUCUUUAGCUGAAAAUAAACAAGAUUCGAGCCAAAAAAAUGAUGAUAAUUUGAGUUUGUUCAAAACAAUCAUAAGAAAAGAUACAUAUUUUGUUAUGUCUCCGAAGCAACUAGAUAGAUUAAAGCUGGUUUCUGAAGCUGUUUUUAAAUUAGCUAAUGAAACUUUAUUAGAAAUCAUAAAUCAAAACGAAGUAGAAUCAUGGAUGGAGUCAAGAUACGGUAUUGUUAAAUCACUCUGGAAAAAUGGCAAAACAGGAAUAAAUUUAAUUAGAAUUGAUUUUGCCUGGGAUCAAGAAAAGAACUUUAAAGUAUUGGAAUUGAAUUCACCACAUCAAGUUGGCUGGAUAUUAUCAGGUUUGGUCGAGAAAGAAGCAUCAGCUGAUAAAAUCGGUAUUCCUCUUGCUCCCCAACCAAUGUUUUAUGCAAAUUACGUGCUAAAAAAGUUAGGACCAAAAGUAGCAAUUAUUAUCUUAAGUCCAAAUGCAGAAUAUGAUUUAUUGGCAAGUCAAAUUGAGAGUUUGGGUGGAAAGGCCAAAAUUAUCUAUCUUUCCGAAGUUGGCUUCCAAGAUAUUAUCGAUUUUGCACCUACUGGGCUAUUUUGGAGAUGUUUACCAGGAUUAAUAGAACGUUCAGAACUGAUAAUCAAGAUAUCCAAUUUAAGAAUACCGCAAAUACCUUCUUUUGAAUACACGACUGGUGCUAUUCCUAAAACUUAUUUACUAUCAAAAAGCGACUUUACGAAAAAUCUUAAUCUUUUGGAACAACAUAAAGCAGUUCUCAAGGCAGGUGAUUCUGCUGGGGGUAAAGAAGUCAUACUUGGAAAAAAUUUUAAAGAUAGUUGGGAGGAUAAAUUAAAAGAGAUUAUGAAUUCUAAUAGAGA